UCCACCGCCACACCCUCGCUACCUGUUCAAUCGCCUAUCUUUCUUUCUCUUAGGGUUUUUUUUCAAGCGAUUCCUUCAGAUUCUCAUUAAACAACGGAAAAAGGUAAUGGAGACUCAAAUCGACUUCUUGCAAUGGCUUCAACAUGACAUGACACUCAAAAUACUUGUGUGUCUGGAUGAUUCAGCUGACCUCAUUCGUGUGUCUGCCGUAUCUCGAUACUUGCAAAAUUUCGUGAUCUCUAAUGGACUUAGUAGGCAGCUCUGUAUGAGAAAAUUUCCUCGGCUUGCUAGCAUUGAUCGUGUAGUCGAAUUGAGUCACAACUCGGAUACCGAUUCAUCCAGUGAUGUUGUUGGGCAUGAAGCGGCUGAGAGAGAUCACAGAGCAUAUGCUUCUCUUUUUCGAGCUCUCACAGCAUUUCCACAAACUUACUGCAUUGCUGAUCCAGUGAGUGCCUCGAGCACUGAUAACUACCCGGAAGAAAGCAUCAUGAAUACUCUCGACCCGAGAGACAAAAUUUUACAUAGGGAUUCAUACUGGUCAAGUAAAGGAAGUGACGAUCCGGAAGUGCCUGAGACAUUAAUAUACAACUUGACAGCUAAUUUUUGUGUUAUAACAGAAAUUAACUUACAUCCAUUCCAAGCUUUGUUUCAGUUGGAUCACCCAAUAUACGCGUCAAGAUUUGUGCGGUUUCGAAUGGGCCAUCCGAAAUCUUGGAAUGAGAUAGAACAUGAUUUCAUGGAGUCACAAGAAUGUGCAGAUGACAAGUUUAUUUGGACAUACACCUCAGAAAUAUUCCCGGUGGCUCAGGAAAAUCGCUUACAAAAGUUCAAGUUGCUGGAACCCGUAGUCUGCAUAGGUGGUUUCUUGCAAAUUGAGUUGUUAGGCCGGGUUCAGAAACAAGCAGCGGAUGGCAGAUAUUAUAUAUGUGUGGUUCAUGUUCAAGCUAUAGGACGCCAAUUAUCACCUGCGUUUUGUAUGGAGUUUUCUGGACCAUCUAACAUUACAUCUCUCAAGUACGACGCUGAGCAAUUCAAACAUGUUAUGCAAAAAGUCUCCAACGGACAUAAUGGGUCACUUAGUACCAGUCUACUACCGAUACAACCUCCUCGGCAACUAGCGUGGGGAAAUCUGGAAGAUUUAAUUCACAUGGUAAAUGCACAUGAAAACGGCGUCGAAUAUGAAUGGAUGGAGGACGAUGACUUUGAGAUGGAGAUGUUGAGAUAGAUUCAGGUAAACAUGGUACAUAUGUGUUUCUUUGACCUGUAUUAUACAUCAUAUAUAGCUUCUGGUACUAGAAGCUUCUUCGAUGUCGAUGCUGUGUGGCCGUAAGAUUGUCGUUUUAUUUCCCGAGCUGUUAUCCAAGCAAAAAGUUUAUUGUUACUAGGUUCCGUAAGAUGUGUGUUCUUGGAAGUAAUUUUCUCGUUUUCAGUAGAGGAUCUGAAACUCUCUUUAAAUAAGAAGUUCUGAUGGGAUCCGGUGCAUUAUUUAUGUAAUUUUCCGUCUAGAAAUGUAUGUAGUUAUGU